AUGGCGACCACCUCGAACAUGUUCCUGUACUCGCUGACGAUCCAGCCGCCAACCCACGUCGUCCAAGCAGUCCUGGGUCAGUUUGGAGGUACCCGCGAGCAGCUCAUCGUCACCGCCUCUGGCUCGCGCUUGAACCUUCUGCGGCCGGACCCCAACCUGGGCAAGGUGUACACCGUUCUCAGCCAUGAUGUCUUUGGCAUCAUCCGCUCCCUCGCGCCGUUUCGCGUCACGGGCAGCAACAAAGAUUUUCUCAUCGUCUCAUCUGACUCUGGACGAAUUACCGUCGUCGAGUAUCUGCCCGAGGAGAAUCGAUUUUCGCGAGUCCACAUGGAGACGUACGGCAAGUCCGGCGUCAGACGGGUCGUUCCAGGCGAAUACCUCGUCUGUGAUCCCAAGGGCCGCGCGUUUCUCGUUGCUUCGAUAGAGAAGAACAAGCUUGUCUACAUCCUCAACCGCGUUUCGGGCGCCACCAACCCCGACGGCAACCUGGCUGCCGAGUUGACCAUCUCGUCACCGCUUGAAGCCCAUAAGCCUCGAGUCUUGGUUCUCUCCAUGGUCGCGCUCGACGUUGGCUAUUCAAACCCUGUUUUCGCCGCCCUCGAGAUCAACUGCUCCGCUCUCGACCCCGAUGCUAGUGAGGAGGCCCUCGAUGAAGUCCAGACACAGCUUGUGUACUAUGAGCUGGACCUGGGUCUCAACUACGUUGUGCGCAAGUGGUCGGAGCCUGUCGAUCCUACGGCGUCGAUGCUUUUCCAGGUUCCCGGAGGCCAGGAUGGCCCAAGCGGUGUUCUGGUCUGCGGCGAGGAAAGCAUCACGUACAUGCACAGCAAUCAAGAGCCGCUGCGCAUUGCGAUCCCCCGUCGCAGAGGAGCAACCGAGGACCCCAACAGGAAGCGUUCCAUCGUCUCUGGCAUCAUGCACAAGCUCAAGGGCAGCAGCGGCGCGUACUUCUUUCUCCUGCAGACCGAAGACGGCGACCUUUUCCGCGUCACGAUGGAUAUGAUCAAGAAUGACGACGGCAAGGCAACGGGAGAGGUGAGGAAGCUCACCAUCAAGUACUUUGAUACCGUUCCGGUUGCGUCCAGCUUCUGCAUCCUGAAAAGCGGCUUCCUCUACGUUGCGAGUCAGUUUGGCGACCCUUGCUUCUACCAGUUCGAGAAGCUCGGAGACGACGACGACGAGCUCGAGUUUACCAGCGACAACUUCCCCGUGGAUCCGCAGGCACCCUAUGACCCAGUCUACUUCCAUCCCCGACUUGCAGAGAACAUAACCGUGUUCCAAAAAAUCCCCUCCAUGAACCCUCUCUUGGACUGCAAGGUCGCAAACUUGACAGGCGAGGAUGCGCCACAAAUCUAUACAAUCUGCGGCAACGGAGCACGAAGUUCUUUCCGCAUGCUUCGGCACGGACUGGACGUUACGGAGAUUGUCGGCUCUGAGUUGCCUGGAGCGCCAGUCGCGGUCUGGACCCUCAAGUUGCACCGAGACGACCAGUACGAUGCGUACAUUGUCCUUUCAUUUGGCAAUGGCUCCCUGAUUCUCAGCAUUGGAGAAACGGUGGAGGAAGUCAGCGACUCGGGCUUCCUUACAACCGUCCCCACCCUCGCAGCGCAGCUCCUCGGCGACAAUAGCUUGCUUCAGGUCCAUCCCAAGGGCAUUCGGGUCGUACGCAACGGCCAGGCCUCCGACUGGGAAGUGCCGCAGCACCGUUCAAUCGUCGCUGCAGCGACCAACUCCAAGCAAGUCGCCGUUGCUCUCAGCUCUGGAGAAAUCAUCUAUUUCGAAGCGGACGAUGAGGGCAACCUCAAUGAGUUCGAAGAACGCAAGGCCAUGUCUGGAACCGUCACUGCGCUUAGCUUGGGCGACGUGCCGGAAGGCCGAAUCCGCAGCUCCUUCCUGGCAGUCGGUUGCGACGAUUGCACGGUCCGCAUCCUCAGUCUGGAUGCCGGCUCUACAUUGGAGAGCAAGUCUGUGCAAGCCCUGACCGCAGCCCCCACAUCUCUUGCCAUCAUUACCAUGGAUGAUUCCUCGUCGGGAGGCUCAACACUUUAUCUCCAUAUUGGCCUGUACUCAGGGGUUUACCUGCGUACAGUCAUCGACGAAGUCUCAGGCGAGCUGACUGACACUCGUCAAAAGUUCCUCGGCCCGAAGCAAGUCAAGCUGUUCCAACUCACUGUCGAGGGCAAGACCUGUGUUCUGGCCUUGAGUUCACGACCAUGGCUCGGCUAUCCUGAUCCCAUCACCAAGAGCUUUGUCAUGACCCCGUUGAACUUUCCCGAGCUGCAGUGGGGCUGGAACUUCCAGAGCGAGCAGUGCGAAGAAGGUCUCGUGACGAUUCACGGCCAAGCGUUGAGCAUCCUCUCGAUCGAACGUCUGGGCGACACAAUCAGCCAAAAGGCUGUGUCCCUGACAUAUACGCCCAGAAAGCUCAUCAAGCACCCGGAGGUGCCCAUCUUCUAUACCAUCGAGGCCGACAACAACACGCUCUCGCCAGAUCUCCGUGAGAAAUUACUUGCGGACCCAGCCGCCGUUAACGGCGAUGCGGCCGUCCUGCCCCCAGCGGAGUUCGGGUACCCCAAGGGAAAUCGUCGCUGGGCGUCCUGCAUCAGCGUCAUCGACCCCGUUUCCGGCGACGAGCCACAAGUGCUGCAGACACUGGAGCUCCAAGACAACGAGUCUUUCAUCAGUGCCGCCAUCGUUCCGUUUGCUAGUCAGGAUGGUGAGCACUUCCUUGUCGUGGGAACGGGCAAGAAUGUCGUCGUGAAUCCCAAAAGCUUCACGGAGGCCUACAUCAGCAUCUACCGCCUGGGCAAUGAUGGACGUGAAGUCGAAUUUGUCCACCGAACGACAGUCGAGGACCUCCCUAUGGCUCUGCUUCCAUUUCAAGGGAAACUCUUGGCCGGCAUUGGCAAGACGUUGCGGAUAUACGAUCUGGGCAUGAGGCAGCUGUUGCGGAAAGCCCAGGCCGAAGCAUCGCCUCGACAGAUCGUGUCGCUCAACACCCAGGGCAACCGAAUCGUCGUUGGUGACGUCCAGCAUGGCAUGACGUACGUGGCGUACAAGCCGGCAUCCAACAAGUUGAUACCGUUUGUGGACGACACCGUUGCGCGAUGGACAACUUGCACGACGAUGGUGGACUACGAAUCGGUGGCCGGGGGCGACAAGUUUGGCAAUAUCUGGAUCGUGAGAUGCCCAGCCAAGGCCAGCGCGGAAGCGGACGAAGAGGACACGGGAGUCCACCUGCUGAAUGCCAGAAGCUACCUCCAUGGCACCGCCAAUCGUCUCGAUCUCAUGUGCCACUUUUACACUCAGGAUAUCCCGACGAGCGUUGCCAAGACUAGUCUGGUUGUUGGCGGGCAGGAAGUGCUGCUUUGGAGUGGGCUCAUGGGCACGCUCGGUGUUUUCAUCCCCCUCAUCAGCCGAGAGGAUGCCGAUUUCUUCCAGAGCCUCGAGCAGCAUCUGCGCACCGAAGACCCGCCGUUGCUGGGCCGAGACCACCUGAUGUAUCGGGGCUACUAUGCGCCUGUAAAGGGCGUCAUCGACGGCGAUCUCUGCGAGAGAUACAACCUGCUGCCCAACGACAAGAAGAUGAUGAUUGCUGGAGAGCUCGACCGCUCCGUGCGGGAGAUUGAGCGGAAGAUAUCCGUAAUGCGCUUCAAUCUGCCACACCCCUAG